GGUCGCUAUGGCGGCGGGGGAGGAGCCUGCAGGCCCCAAGCUGGCGGGGACGAACUGCGCGGGCUCCGGGGGGUCAUGGCGGACCUCACUGUCUGCGCCUUCCUCACCAAGGUGCUGUGUGCUCACGGCGGCCGCAUGUUCCUGCAGGACCUGCGCGGCCACGUGGAGCUGUCGGAGGCGAAGCUGCGGGCGGUGCUGCAGCGCGCUGGCCCCGAGCGCUUCCUGCAGCAGGAGGUGGAGCUGCGCGACGGCCCGUGGGACCCGGAGGCCGAGGUGGCUGGGGGCGCGGGCGCGGGCUCGGGCGGCGGCGCCACGGCCUGUAGGGUGGUGGCCGUGUCCUCCGCUCGCCUCUGCGCCCGCUACCAGCGCGGGGAGUGCCAGGGCUGCGACCAGCUGCACUUGUGUCGCCGCCACAUGCUGGGCAAGUGUCCCCACCGCGACUGCUGGUCUACCUGCGUUCUCUCUCAUGAUAUCCAUACACCUAUCAACAUUCGAGUCCUGAAAAAGCACGGGCUUUUUGGCCUCAAUGAAGCGCAGCUCCGAAUCCUGCUUUUGCAGAAUGACCCCUGCCUCUUUCCAGAGGUCUGUUUGCCCUACAACAGAGGCGGUGAUGUCCUUUAUGGCUAUUGCAGCCUUAGGGAUGAAUGCAACAAGUUCCAUGUAUGCAAAUCCUUUGUCCGGGGUGAGUGUACACUUCAGACCUGCAAACGCUCCCACCAGCUCAUUCAAGCCGCCACCCUGAAGUUACUAGAGGACCAAGAACUGAGUGUUUCAAGUGUCGUGAACUUCCAGAUAAUCUCUGUCUACAGACAUAAGAAGUUGCACAAGAUGCUUGAAGACAAGGCAGCUGCUGCUGAGAACUCACAAGGCCUUGGGAAGCAAGGAGCCAGGGCUGGGGCUAGAGAUGCCAAGCCUCCAGUCCCUGCCCCUGCUCAAUUGCCCAGGAAGCCCCAGUAAACCUUAGAGAGCACGGAGGACAGGAGAAGCAGCCUGCCC